AUGGCUCGCCUAACUUCAACUUUCUUCCUCCUUAUGAGUGCAUCUCUCGCGAUUGCUUCUCCACUGAAUCCCGCUGUGGAAAUCAUCGCCCGAACUGCAGCACCCCAAGACGAUACACCAACCACAACCAUUACAGCCACCACAACUGAUUUAUCCACCACCACUGAUGUACCCACUACAACCAGUAUCCCUACAACUACCACCACUUCCUCCGCCGCAAUUGCCACUAAAACUAUCAAUGGUUGCAAUGUCCAAGGUACAGCCGACACAGCCCUUGCCGCACGAUAUUUCGGAUCAGGCCCUUACGCCGACAUUCUGAAAUGUCAAUCUACUUGUCGUGGUGUAACAGCAUGUAUAUCAUACUCAUGGACGCCCUUGACCAGUAACUGCACGUUGUACAAUUCAUGGAUGGAUGACUUUAACACGGGUGAUACUACGGGUUAUGUGGUUUUGAGUGAUGAUAGUGGGACCUUCUUUUCGGAUAAAUAUCCGAGUGACGGUAGCGAUUUUUGUUACAAGGCUAUUUAA